CACCUUGUCUAUGCCUCCUAAACAUGGCUGAUGUCUCACAAUCAGAAUUCGAGGGUUUAACUUCGCGGAAGCUUCAAAUUGCAGAGGAUGUCCAAUAUUAUCUGGACAAGCACAAUUUCAUUGGAGUUGGCGUUUUCACCCAUGUUCACCAUGUUGAUGGAGGAAGAGUUCGCAAAGUUCCUGCUCCAGAUUCCGAUGAUCUGGACCUCGCUAUGAAAUCAAUUCAAAGAGAAGGCAAAAUUUAUCUCUACCUUGGCGAUCAUCCAAGAGUUAUCAAGUGCCUUGCGAAAGGGGAUUUCUUUGUAGAUCUUGAGUACGCACUACAUAGAGACAUCGAAAGCUGUUUAAGGAGCCACCACGAUACAUCCGACGAAUGCCGUAUUCGAUUAGCACAAGGGGUUAUAGAAGCAGUCGUGUUCAUUCAUAGCAAAAGCAUAAUCCAUUCCGACCUUGCCGCCCGCCAAUUUCUCCUCGACAGCGAGCUUCAUGUGAAAAUCAGCGAUUUUGGAUUCUCUAGCUUCAGCGACGGCGAUGUCCUCGGGUUCGAGAACUCAUCACAUCAACUACCUCGCGAGCUUGACAGCGAUAAGCCAAGCACAGUUCAAUCUGAUUUGUUUGCACUUGGUUCGACACUCUACGAGAUCAUGACCGGGGGGCGACCAUAUGAAGGCAUACCGGACGAUACUAUUACUGAGCUUUACAUCAGAGGAAGUUUUCCUGAUGUGACGAGCAUAUUGUGCGGGGAUGUCAUUACAAGCUGCUGGCAAGGGUGCUUCAGGAAUGCAGAAGAAGUUCUAGAACGAUUUUUGCAUUAUAUAAUGGAAAUGUAA